AAAUUAUCCCAAACUUUUGGGGUCAGAAUGAAACAAGUAAAUUUUAUUUGGAGUUAAAUUAAAAACCCUCUCUUUCUUCUCGGCGUAUGACUGGGGUGUGGACUGGCUCUCUGAUUUUCCAAGUUCAAACCCAUCAAGACGUCGCAAGUGUACAAGUGUAGAGGCAGGAGCAGCGGCUGCUUAGGGUAGACGCCGAGCAACAACUGUUUUCCGGUUCUCGUGACAAUGUCCCAAGGCUAUGCGAUUGAGCUUUACUUUGAUCCUGCGCUUGAGAAUCAGGUUUUGAAGGCCUGGAAUGUGUUGGCUAGAAGGCAAAUUAGUACUCAGCUGAUUGAGAUUGAAUCAAGACCUCACCUUACCUUGUUUUCAAGUCCCUUUGUGGACAUUGCUAAACUGGAGAACGUCCUUCGAAAUUUUGCUUCGAAGCAAGAACCUUUAUCUUUGUCAUUUUCAUCAAUUGGAAGCUUCCCAAAUGACAACAAUGUUCUGUUCCUUGGCCCAACCCCAUCUUUAUCUCUCCUUCAGUUUCAUUCACAAUUGUGUGAUGCCAUGAAGAAAGAAGGUAUUGAAAUUGGAGAUGACUACCGCCCAGAUAAGUGGAUUCCUUAUUGCCCGGUGGCUGAAGAAGUGCCAAAGACUCGUAUAGCUGAGGCAUUUACUGUUUUACGUGAUCUGAAGCUGCCAGUCAGCGGAUAUGCAAUGGAGAUUUCAUUGGUCGAGUGCCCACCUGUUCGUGAACUCUUCUCUUUUGCUCUGGGUACACAUCAUAUUAGUGAGGUUUAAGGCAUGCUCUUCUGUUAUGUUGAGUUAGGUUGUUCUCCCAGAUUGAUAUUUGUUUUCCCGUACUCCUAAAAACUGGUUGUAAAUUGUAAGGAUGGUGCUCAUAAUAUGAAAUUAGUAUUCAUUGCUGUUUGACAGCCAUAUGAAUCUCAUCUUUUGCAUCCAA